AUGGGUAAAAGCCUGACAUACCUUGACAAUCUCACCUGCCCUGUUACCCGAGAGUAUACGCUGCACUAUCACGAAUCGGGUUCGAGUCCCGCUGAGAGUGGUGAUGAAGCCAGCUCAGGUGAAAUCGCGACUGCAGUCCACUUCAGCAUGAAGGAGGAUACCUUUUUUGGGAAGCAAAGGUCUACUGAUAUGAUCAUGGUUGGCAGGUUUCCGCCUGAAAACGGUGUCUUUCGGGACUGGGGAAGGGGUUUUUUUCUAUUCAACUCUCCUGGAAGGUCAGAGCAGCAGGACGUGAGGCUGCACAGAACACUUCUGAUCGUUCUACCGGCAGAAUACGAUCCGUCUACAGGCCGGCGUUUCCGAAAUGAGCACAAGUCACUGAAUCAGGGCGAUAAACGAAAUGGGAGUGGGACUAGGAAGAGUGGGGGCGUCCAAAAAUUGGACCCAAAAGAAGCAUGGAUCCUGGCUCCGUGUUGUUUUGCGCCCACGAUCCGACGGAGUGAGAUGGUUUGCUGUCCGGAGAAGUACCCGAUUUGA